GUCGGAUACCGGGGCCUCGGAUGCGGACAGAACAUCUCAGCGGCUCCGCUAUAAAACUUCGCUCUCGGAACUUCUUCUGCAUUUCUAUGUCCAGGGUUUGACGAAGAAUCCAAGGCAAGGUGCCCUGGGAAUUUGGAAUGGGAUCGACACCCAUUGGUACCAAAACAUAUCAUCCAUACAUCUCUUCAUGCUUUCUGGCAACCUAUCUCAUCUCAACAAAUUUCAACCGAAACACUCGCUGCCCAUAAAACUUCUAAUAACAGUUUGAAAAUCCACCUGUGCACCUAACCAACUCAAACUUUUCCCAAACCAACUUCAGGUAUUCACUUAGUGGUUCACUAUGGAAAAUAUUCACUAUGGUCACGAAACGCUUCUGUAUCACCACCAAACAUCUUAUCAUCACCAGUACAGCCAUCCUUACGAAAGGAACGUCUUCGAGCCUCUUAACCAGACCUACGGACGUCGGUCCCUCCAGCAUGAAGGGGGUAAAACGACAAGGAGAAGGAGAAAACCAAAGUGCCCGACGCAACAGGUCCGACAGAGACAGGCUGCCAACCUGAGGGAAAGGAAGAGAAUGUCGUCUAUCAACGAUGCCUUUGAAGGGCUUAGGGAACACAUCCCAACCUUGCCUUACGAGAAGAGACUGUCCAAGGUGGAUACCUUGAGACUGGCCAUAGGAUACAUCAAUUUCCUUGCGGAGAUGAUCGAGAACGAGGGAGCAGAGCUCGAGUCGCCGGCGACAACUCCAGAGGAGACGCAGAAGAAAGUUAUCAUCUGCCAUCGAGGAUCGCCAACACCGCUAGACAACGAGUAUGGCGUCACACCCCUCGCGGGACACUCCCUCUCCUGGAGCCAUGAAAAGAACACCCAACCAGGCCCAAAUGGCACGAUGGUUGCCAAGGUGUGGACGCCGGAGGAUCCCCGACAGUCUUCCUCCGAUUCGCCGUUGUCGACCGGCAGCAGCUGCCAGAACUCGUCACCCUCGAGUUCUUUCGAGUCGUACGACUACGAUGAAGGCGUGACGACGUUGGCCGAACUCACGAUAGCUCAGCAACUCACCCCUAUACAUCAUCACUUAGAAGAAAGAUGUCACUGAAUGCUAAAAUAAAUUAUAAAGUCCCUAAAGACAAGCGAUUUCUUGACAUAUUCUUUAAAAUUCGUCACACAUCAUUUAGUUGUCGACUUCUGCAACUCAGUAAGCAGAAUCCAGUGGGCUAUUUUAUGAAAUGACUUGUCGGAUAGAACAUUCGAUGUUUUAUCCGACUAAGCCGGCUUUAUCUGACAGUGAUCGGACAUCUUGUCAGAGGACAAAUGUUGAUAAAAAGUCCUCCUGACCUAAACGUGUUUGUAGAGGUAACAUUUACCAAGUUUAAACACUAUUUAACAAUUGACGCUUUAUUUUUCAUUGUACAUUCAUCAUUGAAUUGCAAAGUGAAAUAUUCAAGAAAAUUCGAAAGAAAAUGUAUUUUUGAGACACGACACAGUAUUUUAUCAAUAUUUCAGAAUAAUAUCCCGCGCGAUUAGCACGGAUUAAGUAUUUUACAGCAACUCUUAUUAGAGAUUAUGUUAAUACAAUCAUUGUUGAUUGAAUAUUUUCGUUCCAUUGAAAAAAAUUGAAACGAAUAAAAUAAGAAAUAAACCCCUUAAGCAGAAGAAUAUACGGUGAUAUUUUACAAUUCUCUAAUUGAUUACCUGUUACUCACCAACUUGAAAUUGAUAAUCACAAGUCUUCCUAUUUUCUACGCAUAUCAUAUUCGAAUAAAGAGUAUUCGAUUUUUGUUAUGUAUGCUUAUGAACGAUUUAGCGUGAUAAAUCCUUAAAUCAUUUUGCUCUCAAUAUUUGGGAGUCGUUAUUCCAUAUGCAAACUCAAAUUAGUAUGAUAAUGUAUAAAUGAGAGUGUUAAUUAUUUCACUCCUUGCAUCAAAUGACCAUUCCCAUUUUUAUCAAUACUUGACAAUUUCUUUGCAAAUUCAAUUGCUGUCAAUUUUACUUUGAAAAAAAAAUAGUUCAAAAAUUGCACCGGUAGCCAUACUACAAAUUUACCGUCCCAAAUUUCUAAGGCAAACAACUCUUUUUUGUACCAUAUAACUCGCCCUCACUUUUGAAUUUAAAACAACUUGCAAAGUUUUAUUCUAUUAGUGCACCAUGUGGGUGGCACAAAACCAAAUGAGUCAUAUUAACAUAAAUAUUUUAUCUUGUUUUUUCAUUUCAAUAUAGGAACAUUUUGAUGGGCAAAGUGACAUAUUCUAUUAUUUUGUUGAUUAUAAUAACACAAAAGGAAGUGGAUUAAACAUACUUUUUGAAGUAAAUAAAGACAUUAUUCGAACGUACCUCUUCAAAUAGGAGCCCAACUCGUAUUGUGAUAACUCAAACUUUUUUAAACAAAAAAUAAAACUCUAUUUAUUGUGUCACUUAAGUUUGUUGACAACCAAACUCGAUGCAACCUCAACUCCAGAACAAAACAAAUUCUGUGCAUCACCUUAAUGAUGUAUCUUCGUUCGUAACCUAAUCUCAAGAUUUUAUUCGUUGAAGUAUAGAGUAAGGAAAUAUGUUUCCUUAUAUUUUGUUCACAUCGUGCCUUCUUUGUAUAAAUAUCAUAUUUUUCUUUGUCUAUAUUGGAGUGCGGUAUUGUAUAUAACUAUGAAAACUAUUGUAUAUAGCAAAUUAUUAUUAACUCAAACUUAUAUUGUGCUGUUUUUUUUCGUUUGAUACAUUAAUGUGUGAACGUGUGCAUCCUAAUAUGCCCUCAAAAUAUGUAAUAAAAUAUAGAUAAAACUCAUUUUUACUGUAAUUUUGAUAUGGAUCAA